GGUAAAUCUGAUAAUAAUUCAUCUGUAAUAAUUGUUUUAUCAAAUCCUAGAACUUCUGGACCUAAAAAUUUUGUCUUGGGUAUAGCUAGAUUAUUUUAUUCACUUUAUCAAUGGGCUGGGAAAGCCACCAAUUAUAGCAAAAAGGCCCAAAAUGCAAGCCUUCAUCCCAAAUACCGCGAGAAA